UCGAUUGCCUACGCAUGCGGAGUUGGGAUUACCAAGCCAUCUAACGGUGGAGAUUUGUUUAAUCAGUUGGGUAAUCCUGCCUCUUGAUGGAGUAACUUGCGGUUUUCGUAUGCAGUGGAGCAUUUUGCAGGAAGAGGCGCGUGCAAGCGGGGACACUCUUGCCACGCCCACUAUCCAGGGAAAGGGAAUAUUUGCAGUCUCACUCAUCUCGUAAGUCAGUGCCUUGUGCGAAACGAGGUCAAAAUGACUGUUACUUCGCUACGCUUAGGUGAAUAAGAGUGCCAUCGCGGAAAGGUCGAGUGACUCAUGGACCAGACCCGGAAAUACGUUCGAUGUUGAAAGAAAGAAUCCUAGAGGAUUAAUCGUACUGAUCAAAGUUCGGAAGAAGAUUUUAUAAUCCUCGAGCAGUGAUCUCGAUAAGGAUAAUGUCGAAAGAUCGUUCCCCUCCAAAACCCGGGUAUUACCACACGGAACUUGUAAAUACCCUCUGGGAAGUCCCCAACAAAUACAAGAAGCUGAACCCGAUAGGUACAGGGGCCUAUGGGCAAGUUUGCUCUGCUACUGAUACAACAACCAACAAGCAGGUGGCCAUCAAGAAGCUAGCUCGGCCAUUCCAAACAGAGACUCAUGCUAAACGUGCUUACAGGGAAAUACGGAUGCUGAGGCACUUUCAUCAUGAAAACAUAAUAUGUCUGCAGGAUUUGUUCACUCCAGACCAGACGUACGACAGGUUCGGUGAUGUAUACCUGGUGUUGCCUUAUAUGGACACAGACCUGCAUGAGAUCCUCAAGCUGCAGGCUCUGUCUAAUGACCACAUACAGUUCAUGCUGUACCAGAUUCUCAGGGGACUCAAGUACAUUCACUCGGCUGGCAUCAUUCACAGAGAUCUGAAACCCAACAACAUAGGCGUAAAUCAAAACUCGGACAUUAAGAUUUUAGAUUUUGGGUUAGCUCGGUCAAGCGCAGAGGAGAUGACGGGUUAUGUUGUUUGCCGUUGGUACCGAGCCCCAGAAAUCAUGCUCAACUGGAUGCACUACAAUCAGAAAGUGGACAUCUGGUCCGUUGGCUGCAUCCUGGCCGAGAUGAUCACCAGGAGACCCCUGUUCAAGGGCUCAGACCAUAUUGACCAGUUGAACAGGAUACUGCAGCUGACCGGGACACCCAGUGAAGAGUUUAUUGCGAAGAUGGUCAGCGGGGAUGCACGAAGAUUCAUACGGUCACAACCAAAGUCAAAAAGGAAGAAUUUUUCAGAAUAUUUCCACAAUGCUGAUCCUCAUGCUGUUGACCUUCUGGAAAAGACCCUUGACCUUGAUCCAGAUUCCCGUAUAUCCAUAGAGCAGGCACUGGCACACCCCUACCUCCGUCAGUUUUAUGACCCCGAGGACGAACCUCUCUCCCCACCCUUUGACAGUUCAUUUGAAGAUCUGAAGCACGAUUGUGAAGGAUGGCGAAGGUGUGUGUAUGAUGAGAUCUGCAAGUUUAGUCACUGAAGUCUAUGGCAAACAUAUCAGGAGCGUGUGUUUGUUGACAUCCUACAUCAAUCAACUGGUGCUCUUUCUACCCACAAGGUCAUACCACAGCAGAUACCUGUGCAGACUCGACAUAUCACAGAGGAGGAGUGGUCUCCAUUGUGGUCAGUGCAGGAAUAUAUACUACAGGAAGGCCACAAUACAAAGAACACCCCACACCAAGGACUCAAGGCCAUGAAAUAGUGGCAGCUAAAACACACCCCAGGCAGGCCACUGAAGCAAGGUCAUACCACUGGGAGGUCACUGCAGCAAGGUCAUACCACUGGGAGGUCACUGCAGCAAGGUCAUACCACAGUGGAGGUCACUGCAGCAAGGUCAUACCACAGUGGAGGUCACUGCAGCAAGGUCAUGUCAUACCACAAUGGAGGUCACUGCAGCAAGGUCAUGUCAUACCACAAUGGAGGUCACUGCAGCAAGGUCAUACCACAGUGGAGGUCACUGCAGGAAGGUCAUACCACAGUGGAGGUCACUGCAGCAAGGUCAUGUCAUACCACAAUGGAGGUCACUGCAGCAAGGUCAUACCACAGUGGAGGUCACUGCAGCAAGGUCAUACCACAGUGGAGGUCACUGCAGCAAGGUCAUACCACAGUGGAGGUCACUGCAUCAAGGUCAUACCACAAUGGAGGCCACUGCAGCAAGGUUAUACCACAGUGGAGGUCACUGCAGCAAGGUCAUACCACAGUGGAGGUCACUGCAGCAAGGUCAUACCACAGUGGAGGUCACUGCAUCAAGGUCAUACCACAGUGGAGGUCACUGCAGCAAGGUCAUGUCAUACCACAAUGGAGGUCACUGCAGCAAGGUCAUACCACAGUGGAGGUCACUGCAGCAAGGUCAUGUCAUACCACAGUGGAGGUCACUGCAGCAAGGUCAUACCACAAUGGAGGUCACUGCAGCAAGGUCAUACCACAGUGGAGGUCACUGCAGCAAGGUCAUGUUAUUCCACAGUGGAGGUUAACAGUAGUUCUCAGAUUAUGAAGAUUCCCUUGCAUAAUGACAAAAGCAUAUACUAAGUAUUAUUGUGAAGCAUGUUAAGAUAUGUUAUCAUUGUUUAGGAACUGCUGAUGCAUGUAGUUAGUUCACAAGGACUGAAUCCAGAUGCACAUGAAUUAGUUACCAAAGACUGCUGUACAUAGAGACCUUGCAGCUUUGCAGCACAAAAUGUGUGUUUGGAAUUGUUCGAUCUAUUAGCUAUCAGCCAAGACUUAAUUUUCCUUUUGAAACCUUUUUUUUUUAAAAGCUGCUUCCAUUUGAACUCCCACAUUUGUCAUUACAAUUAAACGGUUGGUUGUCUAAGGUGUAUAUAAUAAUUAUGAUAAUUAUUGCAAUAUCAGCAUUAUUUAUUUCAAUGGAAUAUAUAGAUAUAUGAUAUAUCAGUUGAAUUUGGCUCCAGUACAAAAGGAAUAUAAGGUCUUUGAAGGGCAUUUAGAAGUGAUUAACAUAAGGAAGAGAAUAUAUGGAUGUCAACUUCUUUAUUAUGAGGAACACAACGUUUGGAGUAUAUGCUUACUCCUUCAUCAGGU